GGCGAGCCUCCUCCUCCUCCUACUCCACCACCACCACAGUCCACGUGUCCUGACUACACCGAUCCCCCGGUCCCGGAACCUCGCCGGCCUCGAAUUUCAGCCGAAGCACUUCUCUCGCCGCCGCCGUGAAAUUCAGAUCUCUAAUCAGUCAAAAGUGCUCAGGUGAAGCAUGCCGGGACAGGAAGUUGCUAGUGAUGACAUGAUGGUUGAUGAGUGUGAACAGAAGCAAGUGACUGCUGCACCUGAUGGAUUUAACUCUCAGUACCUCAAAAUUUACUAUGGGAAGCUCUUCCCGUAUGAGGAAAUGUUCAAAUGGAUGUCCUAUGCUAAUGAUGGCAAGCAUCCUGCGUGCAACCAGUCCUACUUUGGCCGGAGAGAAUUUUCUUUCACUCUUGAUAAUGAUGUAUAUCUCCGGUACAAAACUUUCAACUCCGUGUCUGAACUUGAAAGUUCUAUCAAAGAGAAGUGCCCCGUCAAAAUAGAUAUUGGGCCAGUGUACAAUGUUGAUCCUGCAAAGAGGCACUCAUAUGCUCAAAAUGGAUGCUUUCCUGAGGAGAGGGAACUGAUUUUUGAUAUAGAUAUGUCAGAUUACGAUGAUGUUAGAUACUGCUGCUCAGGAGCUGAUGUUUGCCUGGAGUGCUGGCCGCUUAUGACAAUUGCUAUCAAAGUGAUUGACACUGCCCUUAGAGAUGACUUUGGUUUCAAUCACAUUCUUUGGGUAUAUAGUGGCCGACGUGGUGUUCAUUGUUGGGUCUGUGAUGGGAAAGCUAGAAGGCUCACAAAUGAACUGAGAGCAGCAAUUGCUGACUAUUUUCGUGUCUACAAGGGCAACGAAAAUAGUCAUAAAAAGGUUUCUUUGAUGGGUCCUGCGCUCCAUCCUUUUCUUCUGAGAUCAUAUACUGAAGUUCUUAAAGACUUCUUUGAGAAGACAAUGCUUUUGAGUCAAAAGAUAUUCUCUACUGCAGAGAGAUACGAAAAGAUCUUAGAUACGAUUCCUGAUGAAUCUGUCACUUCUGAGCUUCGGGGUAAGUGGCAAGAUAAUAAAAGAACCUCUAAUGCAAAAGAAGACAUCAAUGUUGCUCGUUGGGAGCAGCUGAAACAUUUGCUGCAAUCUGGGAAACAGAAGAUGCAAGGACUUCGUAGAUGUGUGGAGGAGAUUGUGUUCUCUUAUACCUAUCCUAGACUUGACAUGGAGGUUUCAAAACAUAUGAACCAUUUAUUGAAGGCACCUUUCUGUGUACAUCCAAAAACAGGUCGUGUUUGUGUUCCGAUUGAUCCCAACCGUUGCGAGGAGUUUGAUCCCACUGCAGUUCCUACCCUUUCCACUCUUGUAGAGGAACUAAAUAAUGGGGGUUUGAGAGCAGAGGCUGAUAAUGAACGGGAUAGAACCUCACUUGGAAAAUCAAUAAGGUUUUUCCAAUCAUCAUUUUUGGAGCCUUUGGUCAAAGCUUGCAAGGAGGAGAUGAUAACUUCAUACAACGCAAAACUGCAGCAGUCAAAGCUACAGCAGUCAAAAAACGUUUUUGCUGCAAUCUAGAUCAUCUUUAUUAGUAUCCAACUUUCUGGAGUACUUUAGAUUUUAGAAUGUGAAACUGAAAUUCUCCAAUGACAUCAUUAGUAAUUAUGAACGAAACUGACAGUCAUAUGCAAGUAUCAUAGAACACCUUUGUGCUGGCAAAAACAUCUUCUCCCUGCACAUGGUUGCAUCUCAUAUCACAUUUCUAUGUCAAGAUUGUUGUUUCGUUACCAUGAAUCAUAGGAACUGUUGAGGCAAACUUUGUCACAAUCUUUCAUCUUUUCCAUGAAAAAAUGUGGUAUAUGUUUUACCUAUGGACAUACAUACAUGCUUUGGUUUCUUGUUUCCCAUGGGAACCACCAUUUCUACGAUACAUGAUUGUACAGAUAACUAAUUGGUAAAAGAUCAAAACGGAAGUGAUGCUACACGGAACUGCCUCCUCUGUCUGGUCAUCUUUCCUUCAUCAAAAGAUGACUAAGCAGCUUAUCUCGCUCACAUGGUGUUUUUAUUUUUCCAAUUUGCACACAAUUAUCUAUCUUCCAAAUCAGUGUAAGAUAAGCCCUCAGCUGCUUUUCCCUACGUGGCUCGUUUACCAUCAUAAUCCCAGAAAUUUCAAGUUCCUCCUGUAAGUAAAUUAUGUAUCUUGCCCAUG